UUUAUCCUUCUUUCCCUGCUCUAGGGUUUUGGACACAGUAACACUCAUUCGAUCUUCCAUUUCUCUCUCAGGGCCAUGGCGACCCAACUCGUCCAUCGUUCUCUGCCCAGAACGCUAAACCUAGCCUCCUUCCUUUCUCGCUACCUCUCGACCUCUGCUUCUCUCUCAUCCACCGCUCCUUCUCGCUCUUCCCUCUCUCUCAUCCACCGCCUCCGUCCACUCGUCGGAGCUAUCUCCGUUGCCGGAGGACGUGUUUCUCCGGCCUUGACAUUUCGCUGCUUCGCGACCAACGCGACCUCGUCUUCUCUCAGAGAUCCUAACCCUAACUGGUCUAAUCGGCCGCCCAAGGAGACGAUACUGCUCGAUGGGUGUGACUUCGAGCACUGGCUUGUCGUUAUGGAACCGCCGGAGGGAGAGCCUACUAGGGAUGAGAUCAUCGACAGCUAUAUCAAAACCCUAGCAAUGGUGAUCGGAAGUGAAGAAGAAGCGAGGAUGAAGAUUUACUCAGUUUCAACCAGAUGUUAUUAUGCAUUUGGUGCCCUUGUGUCUGAGGAGCUUUCUUACAAAAUUAAAGAAUUGCCCAAAGUAAGGUGGGUUCUUCCUGAUUCUUACUUGGAUGUCAAGAACAAAGAUUAUGGAGGGGAGCCUUUUAUUAAUGGCCAAGCAGUGCCAUACGAUCCCAAGUACCACGAGGAGUGGAUAAGGAACAAUGCUAGAGCAAAUGAGAGGAAUAGGCGCAAUGACAGGCCUCGCAAUUUUGAUAGAUCUCGUAACUUUGAGAGGAGGAGGGAAAAUAUGCAGAAUCGUGAUUUUCAGAGGGGUCCUCCUCCUAUGCCUAACCAGGCGAUGCAGAAUGCUCCAACCAAUACUACUGGAAUGCCUCCCGGCGGUGGUCCAAGUCCACCCAACAUGGCUCCUCAGUCCAACAUGGGUGGAGUUCCUCCUCCUCACAUGAGUCCUCCUAACAUGAGUCAAAGCAACAACUAUGGAGGGGUACCUCCAAGCAACAGCUAUGGCGGGGUGCCUCCGAGCAACUACAGUGCGGGGCCACCAAAUAGCAACUACAGCGGGGGCCCACCGAACAGUAACUACGGUGGGGGUCUGCAGGGCAACAAUUAUGGUGGAGCGCCACCACAGGGCAACAAUUAUGGUGGGGCGCCACAGGGCAACAAUUAUGGUGGAGCGCCACCACAGGGCAACAAUUAUGGUGGAGCGCCACGUGGCAACAACUAUGGUGGAGCGCCACAGGGCAACAGCUAUGGUGGAGCGCCACAGGGCAACAGCUAUGGUGGAGCGCCACAGGGCAACAACUAUGGAGCGCCGCAGGGCAACUACUAUGGUGGAGCACAGCAGGGCAAUGGUGGAGAGCCGCAGGGCAACAUGGGAGGAGGACCACCAAACAGCAUGGGAGGUGUGCCUGGAGGAACUUACAGAAAUUGAUAGUUUUUUGUUUUUUUGGGUUCUUAAGAGAUGUCUCUAGUUAUGUUAUCGGUGCCUAUACUCGGCCUAUACUCUUUUGCACACUUGUUUUAUCUAAUCAUGGGCCUUUUGAAGUGAUUCUUGUAAAUUCUACUAGAAUUCUGCUACUUUGUUGAGAACAUAGAAAUGGGAAUAGGGCUGGAUUAUUGAUUA